AUGGACUUUGUAGUUGAAGGCUCAGGAGUGAUUUGCCCUCUUAAUUUUUCCGGUGUGGUAAAACUACUAUCCAAGGAGACAUCUUUUGACUAUGAUAAGGGCACCUGCAAUGUUUACUUAGUCAAAGUUCCAGAUUUAUCAUUCACCUUCAUUGGCGACGAUAAUGUUUACCGGGAGGACGCCAAAUUCAUUCAGACAAUUGUGGCUCCAUGUCUAGAGGAUUUAGGCGUAAACUUGACUUUGCUGGGUAAAUAUGAACUCAAAGGAUUAAUUAUCAGGGAUGAUGCUUGCGGUACAACAUGGGAGUUUAAUCCCUUGCUUGCAAGAAUGUCGAAACAAUUAGAUCACCUCAAGGUAUCGGGUAGCGGAUGCAUUGUCACUGUCAACUUAGCCUUGGCUGCAGACAAAGACGGACAUGGACAAGAUGAAAUUUUGGUUAACAAUGCCCCUUCAGACUUUGCCUCCUUAAUCCAGCUUCGUCUAAUUGUAAAUAUACGUCAUCGGGAUACAAUUGAUUUGAAAGUUAUCGAUAGUGGCACUAUUAUCCAGUUCUGUGGAACAUUUAUCGGUGAAGAGACUGACUCCGGAAUCAUUAGACUCCUUGUAAGUCUCGACAAGCUCCUGAGUGAGACAAUCAACUGA